AUGAUGUUUGCCGAUGAUGUGGUAUUGUGUGCGAGAGAGAAGCGACAGCUGGAAGAAGAUCUGGAGCAGUGGAGAUAUGCGCUGGAGAGAAGAGGAAUGAAGAUCUCAAGAUCAAAGACUGAGUAUAUGUGCCUGAAUGGGAUAUCAACUGGGAGUGUGGAAAUGUUGCAGAGACAGUUACCAGAAACAAUGGCAUUUAAUAUACCAUCGAAGGUGAAAGGCAGGAUCCACAUGUUGGUAAUCCAACCAGAGAAGCUGUUUGGUAUGGAAACGGUACCCCUGAGUACCCGUAACACCAAGAGACUAGAAGUGGCAGAAAUGAAAAUGUGCAGAUGGGCAUGUGGCCACACAUUGAAAGACCACGUGAGGAAUGAAGUUAUUCGAGAAAAAUUGGGAAUCACGCACAUUACGAACAGUUCAGGAAAGCCCGACUAA